AUAAUCCACGGCGGAUCACUAUGCAACACUCAAAAAUAAACAAACAGCAGCAGUGAGAGGGACACGUUUCCUUGAAUGGGACACCUGCAAGAGGCAGGCCGAGGGGGAGAGUGAAAGUGGACUGAGUGGAGAACGUUCAGUGUGGCUCAGUGUGUCUAAGGAGCAACAGCGAGAUGAGAGUGUUACUGUGUCUAGUGAUAGUGUCGGUGACGGUGGUGAAGAGUGCCGCCCCUCAGAGUACGAGGGUGGUGCGACAGCCGCCCCCGCAGCGACCACCGGCCCCCGCCCCCAGCAACGCAGGGAACAAGACCAGGCCUGCGUCCACAGCCAGAACCAGGGAACAAUACCUGUUCAACGUGUUCGAAGUGAUCGUCUCGACGCUGGAGUCGAAGCUGCAGAGAAUAGAGAACUUGGACAAAGCUGUAGAACACCUAAUGAGGCGGGUGGAAGCUCUAGACUCAAGAGUCAACGACAACAUCGACAAAACAGACUCCAUCAUCGAGAAACUUCAAACAUUCGAUCUCAAACUGUUUCAAGGAGGAACGUUAAGUCAGGUGGAUAAUAAUUUGAGUGAGAGACUCGUUCAGCUCGACCAAAAGGUCAGUAACAUAGACAGUAAGUUGGUGGGUUUGAAGAACCAACUAGACUCCAACUUUCUUCCAGCGGACGAUAUAAACGCGGAAGCCAGUGAGAAGAAACCUAUAAGCAUGAACGUGUUGGACAUCACGAAAGUACUCAGUUCCGAACUUGACUCCUUGAGGAGUUCCACUUCGAAUGUGGACAGGAAACUGCAAUUCCACAUCAACCUGGUGUCCGAGAACCUCGGGAAGAUUUUAAGCAUGAUGUCUGAUGUGCAUGAAGCUGUGGUCGAACCAGUGGUAAUCCAAACAGGACCUCCUCCUCAGGCUUUCAGGAACAGAACUUCAACAACCCCUCCCACCCCGACCACGACGAUCAUCAAGAACAGCAAACUGGACAAGCUGGUGAGACAGAUGCAUCCCAUCCUGUCAGUGUCAAACAAGAUGGACGAGGUGUGGGACGUGGUUGUAGGCACGAAAACGUCAGUGGAUGAUCUAGUGCCAAAGUCCGACGAGCUUCUCACACAAACACAAAGACAAGAGAGAGCUAUUAGCAAUAUCCACGACGACUUGAGGACAAACACGAACAAGAUCAUUGCCAACCUAGAUAUGGUCGAGAAGAGACUGAAGAAGCAAGAGAACGACGUCGUGACGUUAGCACAGCGGCCGGUGCCGGCGGAACUCCUUCUCGACCCGACGAUAGACAGGAUAGUGGAGUUUGACCAGAACAGGUUCCAGGACACCAACGACCCCACCUUGACCGAACCACCUCCACCGGUGACGUUCACGACCCCGACGACCCAAGGACAGACCAUCCCCACGACGACACCGUCCGUCAUCACAGCAGCUCCUGGAGUGGUCCAGGGGGUUCCUCCGGGCCGAGGCAGCAGCAGGAACAGAGGAGUCAUCUUCCCCAGCGUCAAGAACAAGCCCCUCCCCGCCAACAAUACCUUCGCUACCGACAUUAUACCCAACAUCAAGGAUGUCAAGGGCUACUCCUGUCUGGACCUAUCGAACGCUGGCAUGAGGCACUCCGGGGUCUACUACCUCCAGAUCCGAGGGACGACCUACUGGUUCCUCAAGGUCUUCUGUGAGCAAGAGGUGGCCGAGGGAGGAUGGACGGUAAUCCAAAGGCGAGACGACUUGGGAGAACCAAGAGAGAAUUUCAACAGGGAUUGGGCAGACUACAAGAAUGGCUUUGGAGACCCUGCUAAGGAGUUCUGGAUGGGCAAUGAGAACAUCUACAUGUUAACCAACAACGAGGAAUAUGUCCUAAGGAUAGAGCUGGAGGACUUUGAGGGAAACAAAAGGUACGCCCAGUAUUCUCACUUCAAGAUCUACUCGGAAGCCGAGUACUACAAGUUGGAGAUUGACGGAUACGAAGGCAACGCUGGCGAUUCACUCAAUGAUCCUUGGUACGGAAGCAACAACAGCCCCUUCUCCACCUAUAACAGAGACAAUGAUCGGUCCAGCUUGAACUGUGCCUCCAUGCUGAAGGGAGGCUGGUGGUGGAAGUCUUGCGGUCGAGGACUCAACGGUCUUUACCUCAACGAUCCUCAGGACAUCACAGCAAGACAAGGUAUCGUCUGGUUCAGAUGGAGAGGAUGGGAUUACACACUGAAGAAGGCGAUGAUGAUGAUCAAACCUAAAGGGUCCAUCAAUCCAACAUAGGCCUUAGUUUUACACCGUAGUUAAAUAAAUGAAGCCCAAACCGAGACUAAGGUCCCAUCGAAAUUUUAAUGUUUACACUGUAAAAAAAUACAAAAAAAUUUAAUGUAAUAUUCCACUCGUUCAGUAAAGUAAAAGACAUUGUACACCAAUUACAACUUAUAAAACACCCCUUUUUGGAUAGAGCAAUCCCAUUUAUCAUUUACAAGCUUGCCAAAGGGGUUGCUCUAUUUCCGAAAGGCAUUCCAAAGUGUUUUUGAGUUUGUACAGAACAGCUCUAGACAAGGGCUGCAUUUAACUUUGGUCAAUUCUUCUGUUUACAGUGUUUUUUCAACUGAAAAAAAAACUAAGUGUCAUAUAAAAAUUCUAAAUUGUUAAAUAUUUUUAACCUUUUGCUAAAGCUGCAUGGAUCAGUUUAAAUUGUGUUGAAUCACAAUCGAUAAAAGUAUAAGAACUGUAUAAGUGAACAAUGUUUGGUGCAUUUUUUUUUUUUAAAUUGGUCAAUUUAUUCUUAACAAUGCCAACUGACAUUAAAAGUAAGUUUAAAUUUAUGAUUUAAAUUCAAAACCUUUGCACUAACUAUAAUUCAAACAUUUUUUUGAAAUUUUAUUAAUGAAAUGCUAUUAUACUUGAUCAGGCUUAAGAGAACAACUACAAAUUCCAAAUUUGUGUUUGAAAAAUAAUAAUCACACCGUUUGAUGGACACUCAAAGUGGAGGGAACGCUUAAAAUAUUGUCUCAACAAUUCUAUAUUGAUUAUGUACAGGAAGUGUAUGAAACCAGAAAUUAUUUUGUAGGUAUAAGAGAUUGUACAUAUUAUAAGCACAAACUAAAAUCUGUGCCAAGAGUACUGGAGCUGUGUUUGAGUCUGUUAAAGACCAACUUGAAACCCCGGUAAAACUAUAAAUUAGGUUAGGAUUACUUGAUAAGGAAAGAGAGCUAUCAUAAUACUAUCCUAAAUCAUUCAAAUUUUAAACCAGUUUGUAUUAAACUUUCAUUAAAUUUCCUUUUUAUUACCAUUCUGCUGACCUACAUUACACAUAUAUUACUAACUACAAUCGGUUGAUAACUAUUUUAAGAUGAUAUACACUUGUAGGAUGAUUUCUUCUAGUUGUUUCAUCUCACAAAAUUUUCUAAUUUUUAUUGGGUUGCUUUUAUAUUCUGUUCUUCUCUAGCUAAAUAUUGGUAUUUUUAAGUAACAUACGGUAUCGACAUCUUUUGGCUACAAUAUCACAAUUUAACUGUAGGACAUUAGCUUAAGAUAUCCUGCAGUAUGUAUUUUUAGAAUUCUGAUCUUAGAUAUCUGAUAUUUUAGGUAUUUUACCAUGUUAAGUUACGUUUUACUGUUUUCAAAACCCAAGCAUGGACGUUUAAACCUCCAGCAAUUUUUAACUUUGAAUGCCACUUAAAUUUAUUUACUGUUCAUUUUCAUUUUAAUAUACUUAUUUUUCACAAUUAUUUAACCUAAAUAAUAAGUUGAAAUCCUUUAAUUUAAUCAUAUAAAUUUUAGUUAUCUUGCUGAUUAUGAUAGCUUUAUGUAUUAUUAUUUAUUACGUUUUCUUUUUGUAUAUUCAACAUCAUUCCAUUCACGCCAUUGUUACCUUCGUCUUCUGUCAAUCCUUUGCAUUGUGGAGUGGUUAGCGGAAGAACCUUAAAUCCAUGUGUACCUAAUUAGUGAUUAAUCAUUAAUAUGUAUAGUUUUGGGGAUAAUGUAAAUAGAGUAUGUAAUGUAU